GGUCGGGUCAGGUCACAGUCGGUGGUUGGCAGUGACGCGCGCGGGUCGGGUGAGCUCCUGUGACACGAGAUCGGGCAUUAUCGACACCAGGGGUAUCGGAGAUCACCCGACCAUGGCGCUCCGGUGGGCGCUUCUAGUCGCCUUGGCCGCAGUGCCCGCGGAGCCCGCGUCGAUGGCAUUCGGUUCCGGCGGCCGACACGCCCCGGUCAACAUGGCCACGGGCCGGCACCUUCCCGACGACUGGAGCCAGUACGAGGAGUGGAAACAGCAGCAGCAGCAGCAGCAGGGCUCCUCCUGGCAGUCACAGGGCAGCUGGUCCUCCGGGUCCUCCUGGGGACACGGCUCCGGGUCCACGCAGAGCGGGUCCUGGAUCCAGGGCAGCGGCACAGGGAACAUUGGCAGCGUGGUCAGCGCCAACGGCACCGUCAUCAGCAGCGGCAGCGGCAGCAGCAGCAGCAGCAGCAGCUCGGCGACAGCGAGCGACGACUCUGCGCUGCCGUGUCCCGGCCCCGGCCCCGGCACGGAGUACUUCACCUAUCCCGGCAACUGCGCCAAGUUCUACCGCUGCGUGCCGCAGUCGGUGGACGGCACCGUCUUCAAGGCCUUCAGCUUCGACUGCCCGCCCGGCACUGCCUUCGACGCCGCCAACGAGCUGUGCAACUUCCCCGAGGCCAUCGAGCCCAAGCCCGACUGCGUCGCCGGAGCCGGAGCCGCGGGAUCCGGAGCGACCGGAGGAUCUGGCAGUACCAGUGGAUCUGGAAGUACUAGUGGAUCUGGAAGUACCGAAGAAUCGAGUAGUACUAGUGGAUCUGGCAGUACUAGUGGAUCUGGAAGUACUAGUGGAUCUGGAAGUACUAGUGGAUCUGGAAGUACUAGUGGAUCUGGAAGUACCAGUGGAUCUGGAAGUACCAGUGGAUCUGGAAGUACCAGUGGAUCUGGAAGCACUGGAGGUUCUGGAAGCGCCGGCGGAUCUGGAAGUGUCGGAGGUUCCGGUAGCACUGGAAGCACUGGUGGAUCUGGAAGUACUGGUGGAUCCUCAAGCACUGGAGGUUCUGGAAGCACUAGCGGAUCUGGCAGCACCGGUCAAGCUCAGUCCUCUGAGGUGAUCGAGGGUGCUGGCCAGCCGUCCUCACAGCCGUGCCCCGGAGCCGGGUUCUUCGCCUACCCGGGAGACUGUGCAAAGUACCUGCGCUGCUGGGACCGGUUCGGCACGGGCCAGAUGGUGGCCUUUGAGUACACCUGCGCCGAGGGACUGGUGUUUGACGAUCAGCUCAGUGUGUGUAACUGGCCCAGCGCUGUCAGCAGGCCCGACUGUGCCGCCGGAGCCGGCGGAAGCAGCGGAGGGACUGCCGGAACUGGAGGUUCUGGAGGAACUGGAGGUUCUGGAAGUACUGGAGGUUCAGGAGGUACUGGAGGCACCGGAGGCACUGGAGGUACUGGAGGCACUGGAGGAACUGGAAGCACCGGAGGAACCGGAGGUACUGGAGGCAGUGGGGGCACCGGUGGAACUGGUGGCACUGGAGGAACUGGAGGUACUGAAGGAACUGGCAGCACUGGAGGUACUGGGGGAACUGGAGGCACGGGAAGCACCGGUGGCACCGGCGGAACCGGUGGUACUGGAGGAACUGGCAGUACUGGAGGAACUGAAGGUUCAGGAAGUACCGGAGGCACUGGAGGUACUGGAGGAACUGGCAGUACUGGAGGAACUGGUGGUACUGGAGGAACUGGGGGUACUGGAAGCUCUGGAGGAACCGGAGAGACUGGAGGAACCGGAGGUUCUGGCAACAUCGCGGACUCUGGCGUGAACGAAGGACAGUUUACCUGCACCCAGGCCGGUUUCUUCCCGAACGAAGACUGCAAAAAGUUCUACGAGUGUGUUGACUGGAACGGCGACGGCUCCCUGUUCGGCGUCUUCACCAAGGACUGUCCGCCGGGAACCAUGUUCGACGCCAACAUGAACGAAGGCCUGGGCGGCUGCAACUUCCCCAGUGCCAUCGAGCCGCCGCCGGCCUGUCUGGGAGAGACUGGAGCGGAAGGAGGCGCUGGAACCGGAGGAAGUGCAGGAGCUGGAGGAAUUGCUGGAGCUGGAGGGAGCGCUGGAACCGGAGGUAGUGUAGGGGCUGGAGGAAGUUCUGGAACUGGAGGAAGCGAGGGAAUUGGAGGAACUGCUGGAACUGGAGGAACUGCUGGAACUGGAGGAAGCGCUGGAACUGGAGGAAGCGCCGGAACUGGAGGAACUGCCGGGGUUGGAGGAGGUGAGGGUACCGGAGGAAGCGAAGGCACUGGAGGAAGUACAGGUACCGGAGGAGGCGCCGGAACUGGAACAAGUUCUGGUACUGAAGGAAGCGCCGGCACUGGAGGUAGUGCUGGAGCCGGUGGCUCCGAGGUCGAAAGCUCUGGCGAUCUCGAAGGAUCUGGUGUGACCGGUGGCACUGGAGAAAUUGAGGGCUCUGGCGACGUCGAAGGCUCUGGCGACGUCGAAGGAUCUGCAUCGAGCGGCGAAGGACAGUUUACCUGCACCCAGGCUGGGUUCUUCCCGCAUGAAGACUGCAGGAAGUUCUACGAGUGUGUUGACUGGAACGGCGACGGUUCCCUGUUCGGCGUCUUCACCAAGGACUGUCCGCCGGGAACCAUGUUCGACGCCAACAUGAACGAAGGCCUGGGCGGCUGCAACUUCCCCAGUGCCAUCGAGCCGCCGCCCGCCUGCCUCGGUGAGGCUGGAGCGGAAGGAGGCACUGGAACCGGAGGAAGUGCAGGAACUGGAGGUACUGCUGGAACUGGAGGAAGCGAGGGAACUGGAGGUACUGCUGGAACCGGAGGAAGUGCCGGGUCUGGAGGAAGCGAGGGUACUGGGGGAAGUGCCGGGUCUGGAGGAAGCGAAGGUACCGGGGGAACUUCUGGAACUGAAGGAAGUGAGGGUACCGGAGGAUCUUCUGGAACUCAAGGAAGUGCUGGAACUGGAGGAAGUGCUGGAACUGGAGGAAGUGCUGGAACUGGAGGAAGUGCUGGAACUGGAGGAAGUGCUGGAACUGGAGGAAGUGCUGGAACUGGAGGAAGCGAGGGCACUGGAGGAAGUACAGGCUCUGGAGGAACUGCUGGCACUGGAGGAAGCACUGGAACCGGAGGAAGCGCAGGUACCGGAGGGAGUGCCGGGUCUGGGGGAAGUGCCGAAACUGGAGGAACUGCUGGCACUGGAGGAAGUGCUGGAACAGGAGGAAGCGAAGGUACCGGAGGAAGUGCCGGAACUGGAGAAGGUGCUGGAGCCGGUGGCUCUGAGCUCGAGGGCUCUGGCGAUCUUGAAGGAUCUGGUGUGACCGGUAGCACUGGAGAAAUUGAGGGCUCUGGCGACAUUGAAGGCUCUGGCGACAUCGAAGAUUCUGGAUCGAGUGGUGAAGGACAAUUUACCUGCACCCAGGGUGGAUUCUUCCCGCAUGAAGACUGCAAAAAGUUCUACGAGUGCGUUGACUGGAACGGCGACGGCUCCCUGUUCGGCGUCUUCACCAAGGACUGUCCGCCGGGAACCAUGUUCGACACCAACAUGAACGAAGGCCUGGGCGGCUGCAACUUCCCCAGUGCCAUCGAGCCGCCGCCGGCCUGUCUGGGAGAGACUGGAGCGGAAGGAGGUGCUGGAACCGGAGAAAGUGCUGGAGCUGGAGGAAGUGCAGGAGCUGGAGGAAGUGCAGGAGCUGGAGGAAGUGCAGGAGCUGGAGGAACUGCUGGAACUGAGGGAAAUGCUGGAACCGGAGAAACCGGCAGUUCUGGCACCGGUGGCUCUGAGAUCGAAGGUUCUGGCGAUCUUGAAAGCUCCGGUGAGACUGGUGGUACCGGAGAAGUUGAGGGCUCCGGAGAAAUAGAGGGCUCUGGCGACGUUGAAGGCUCCGGCGACAUCGAAGGCUCUGCAUCGAGUGGCGAAGGACAGUUUACCUGCACCCAGGCUGGAUUCUUCCCGCAUGAAGACUGCAGGAAGUUCUACACUUGCGUGGACUGGUUCGGCGACGGCAGCUCCUUCACAGUCUACACGCAGGACUGCGCCCCGGAAACCAUGUUCGACGCCAACAUGAACGACGGGGACGGCGGCUGCAACUUCCCCGGUGCCAUCGAGCCGCCGCCAGCCUGUCUAGGAGAUGCUGGAGCGGAAGGAGGCACUGGAACCGGAGGAAGCGCAGGAGCUGGAGGAACUGCUGGAACUGGAGGAAGUGCCGGGUCUGGAGGAAGUGCUGGUACCGGAGGAUCAUCUGGAACUGGAGGAAGCGAGGGUACCGGAGGAACUUCUGGAGCUGGAGGCAGCGCUGGAGCCGGUGGCUCUGAGGUCGAAGGCUCUGGCGAUGUUGAGGGCUCCGGCGAGACCGGUGGCAUUGGAGAAGUUGAGGGCUCCGGAGAAAUUGAGGGCUCAGGGGAAAUCGAGGGCUCUGGCGACAUCGAAGGUUCUGCAUCGAACCCCGAAGGACAGUUUACCUGUACCCAGGGUGGAUUCUUCCCGCACGAAGACUGCAGAAAGUUCUACGAGUGUGUUGACUGGAACGGCGACGGAUCACUGUUCGGCGUCUUCACCAAGGACUGUCCACCGGGAACCAUGUUCGACGCCAACAUGAACGCCGGCCUGGGCGGCUGCAACUUCCCCAGUGCCAUCGAGCCGCCGCCCGCCUGUCUGGACGGAGCCGAGGGCGCCGUGGAGGGAUCGGGACAGGAGGGCGAGGGAGGAACUGCUGGAGGAUCUGGCGAAGGGUCUACUGGGGUAUCUACUGAAACUGGCGGAUCUACAGGAACGGGUGGAGAAUCAGCUACUGGUGGAUCUGCUGGAACUGGCGGAGAAUCGGCUACUGGUGGAUCUGCUGGAACGGGUGGAGAAUCAGCCACUGGAGGAUCUACAGGAACCGGUGGAGAGUCGGCCACUGGAGGAUCUACUGGAACUGGCGGAGAAUCGGCUACUGGUGGAUCUGCUGGAACGGGUGGAGAAUCAGCCACUGGAGGAUCUACUGGAACUGGAGGAUCUACAGGAUCUGGCGGAGAGUCAGCUACUAGUGGAUCUACUGGCACUGGCGGAGAAUCAGCCACUGGAGGGUCUACAGGAACUGGUGGAGAAACGACCACCGGCGGCUCUGGCGAAUCUAGCAGUGGAUCUGGCAGCAGCUCCGGCGGCUCCGGUAGCUCUGCGGAGUUCUCUCUGACCUGCGGCCGCUCCGGCGCGCUGCGCCACCCGGUGUUCUGUAACCAGUUCUACAGGUGCGAGUGGAGCGGAAAGCUCUGGUCGUUCGUGGUCGGCGCCUGCUCCGACGACCAGAUCUACGACGAGCAGCAGCAGACCUGCGUCCAACGACCGGCCGGGGAGACGUGUAUGGCCAUGGGCUUCGGCCUGCCCAGCGGAGACGGCGACGGCGCCCUGCCCGGCGGGGUGCUCCCCGACGGCACCUUCCCCGACGGAGAACUGCCCGACGGCGCCGAGAGCGACGGUGACGGCGUCGUUAUCGACGGAGAGACGGUGCAGAUCCCCGGCAGCUUUGCCAACGACGGCAGCGAGGACUUCACCUGUGAGACGGAAGGGUUCUUCGAGUUCCCGGGCGACUGCGCACACUUUUACCGCUGCGUGACGCUCGACUCCGGAGAUCUCACCACUCUCCUCUACAAGUGUCCUGACCGGUACGUGUACGACCCGCGCCAGCGCCGCUGCGAGUCCGUCGCCCGGGCGCCGGCCUGCGUCACAGACUCCUCUGCGGUGCUCGAGCUCCGGACGCCCCUCUUCGUGCACCAACUCCAGGAGAGCCAGCUCAAAUCGUUCUUCCGGCGCCCCGCCAACCCCCUGCUGAGGAUCGGCGGCGGCAGCGACGACGGCAUGCCCUACUACGAGAUGAACGGCCUGCGCAGGGCCAGGGGCGCCUAUUCUCCCUAACUUACUGCCACCUAUCGGCAUGACGCGGAACUACAGAUUCCGCCUCGGGCCGCUGCCGUUUGCGGAGCUGCCGUCGUGUGGGGACCAUUUAACGCCCUAAAUUCGGGGCGGUAUUUAUUAUUGAUCUGAGUUGGCAAAGUGGGCAUUUCGAGCAUUUUUAUAUCGCGUACACGCUCGAAUAGUGGCCGUUUGGGCGGGACAUUUAACGCUAUACUUGUGCCAACUUGUCGGUGUGUGUUAGGAAGUGUGGACGCCAACGCGUGAAAUUCUCAUGGACAAAAUACGGCAUUAAAAUACCUGACUUGACGGACAGAAAGUGAGAUGAGAUUUGACCUAUGUGCCGUUGGUAAAGUUCAAUAUUCGUGGCAUUAUUGACAAUCACGAUAUUUUGAUCCAGGUUAUUAUUAUUAUUGAGGUUAGAGUCCCCACUGAAGUGCGUUACGGACCAGGUUGCCGAGGCCCAUGCGUCGGUGAUUGUAAAGGUAUGUGUGUGUGUAUUGUAUGUGAGUGUGUGGCGACCGGCCUCUCUCUCCCGUACCGCGCCGCCGUCCACGCUGUGAUGAGAUGUGAUGUGAUUAUGUGUGACGGUAAGGGUGCAUUCGCGGCCUGACGGCCAUCCGCUAACCUUAGGAGGUAUCCCAGGUAUACAGGGCAUCAGCUGCGUGUGAGCGGGCUCACACAGCCGAAUAAAGGCGUGAAAUGUGA